AUGGGUGCUUCAGCGCUGCCGAUCAUCAUUUUCUCCGCCAUCUUCGGUGUGGUUGGCAUUGUGCUGCCGAUUGUUGCGCCCAAGGGCCCGAACCGUGGGAUCGUUCAGUGCGUGCUUAUAUUGACGGCGGCAACGUGCUGGUUAUUCUGGCUGUGUUGUUACAUGGCCCAGAUGAAUCCUCUGAUCGGUCCGAAACUGCACCAGAAUACGAUUCUGAUUAUGGCACGUGAGUGGGGCAAUGCACUGCCCGAUAUGGAUGGUUAUCAACCUGAACAUACGGAUCACUAA